AUGGUGCAGAUCGCCCUAGACCGGAAGCACAAGGCUUCCAGACGGGACGAUUAUGUCGGUCCAUUUCAGAUGGGGCUUAUACCACCUACACCGAGGGAUGGUGGGAACGUCAAGAAAUGGUCUGAGUUGAGUGCUGGUGGUAAAGUUGCGCGUACUACUGCUCGUACGACAAACUUCGCCGUCAUCCUGCUCGGGGCGGGUCUAUCCGCUGUGCUCAUAUAUGCCUUAACCUCGGAGCUUUUUUCAAAAAACUCUUCAACUGUACUCUAUGGUGAAGCUUGCGAGAUGCUUAAAGCGUCACCAAAGCUCGUGGCCUACCUCCACAAGCCUUAUGUCUUCCACAACAAUCCUCCCACUUCCGUCCGCCCACGGCACCGUAAUCAUCGCGUUUCUUCGCAAAUAGUCGUCGAUUCGUCGGGGAAGGAGCACAUGCUCCUCCAUUUCUACGUACAAGGACAGUCUCCUGGGUCAUCGCAGGCAGCUGUCGAGUUCCAAUCCGAUUCGGACUCCUACAUGGACUCCGCGAUUGGGUGGGCCAAGGGUGUAGCUUCGGCUAUGUCUGAGAUGACCUAUGACGACUUAGUCGAAACUGUCAGCGAUCGUGCAAGCCGAACUCUGGAGAGAGCAAAGCGGAUGUUCAGAUUCUUAAGCGGAGAUCCAGUGCCUAAACCACUGGCACCUGAGCCGACGAAGGUUGCCGUGAAAGAGGAGAAGAAAGAAUCACAGUGGACAUGGACAUCAGGAUUCACUGGCCUGUUCGCGGGACUGAGAACCGCUUCGAAAGCCGCGGACGGUCGUGGGAAUUCACCGGACGGGAAACUCUAUACCGAGGGAGAAGUACAUGCUGAUCUUGUGAUGAACGAUGAUGGAUACUUCGAGUUCCGUUAUCUAUUAGUCGAUAUACCCAAUUCAUAUCAGCGGACACCCAGACGAAUAUUCAUUGAGAGGUCAAAGAACGUCAGCGAAAACGAGCCUGUGAUGCAGUGGCAUGCAUGA